AUGUAUUUAGAAGAUGAGUAUAUGCCACGAAACAAAAGACCAAAGAUUAUAGCCACGGACGUACCCAGCGAGCCGGCCACCACCAGCAAAAGGAAAGUGAGGGAGUUUAAUUUCGAAAAGUGGAACGCCAGGAUUACUGAGCUGAGGAAACAAGUGGAGGAGUUGUUUGAAAAGAAAUAUGGGCUAGCUAUCAAAGCCACGGGGCCGGUGUCUGUCCCCUACCUGCUCUUCCAGUCCCACAAGGAUGAUCUGUUCAUAGAGGGGCUGCCGGAGGGAAUUCCCUUCAGGAGACCCUCCACUUACGGGAUCCCGCGCCUCGAGAGGAUCCUGCAAGCCCGGGAGCGGAUCCACUUCGUCAUUAAGAAGCCGGAGCUUCUCAACACAGUUAGAGAAGAGCUCCUAUUGGAUAACCCUUCCUCACAAGUAAGAGAGGAGUGGUAUGCCAGGAUCACCAAACUCAGGAAGCUGGUGGAUGAGCUUUUCUGCAAGAAGUACG